UGACCCCGCGGCCGCCAGCGCGCCCCCAAGAUGAUGAAGAGGCAGCUGCACCGCAUGCGGCAGCUGGCCCACACGGGCGGCUUGGGACGCACCCCAGAGACGGAGACUGCUGAGUUCCUGGGUGAGGACCUCCAGCAGGUAGAGCAGCGGCUGGAGCCAGCCAAGCGAGCGGCCCACAAUGUCCACAAGCGACUGCAGGCCUGUUUGCAGGGCCAGAGCGGGUCGGAUAUGGACAAGCGGGUGAAGAAGCUUCCCCUCAUGGCUCUGUCCACCACAAUGGCCGAGAGCUUCAAGGAGCUGGACCCUGAUUCUAGCAUGGGGAAGGCCUUGGAGAUGAGCUGUGCCAUUCAGAACCAGCUCGCUCGCAUCCUCGCCGAGUUUGAGAUGACCCUGGAGAGGGAUGUCCUGCAGCCACUCAGCAGGCUGAGUGAGGAGGAGCUGCCAGCCAUCCUCAAGCACAAGAAAAGCCUGCAGAAGCUGGUAUCCGACUGGAAUACCCUCAAGAGCAGGCUCAGCCAGGCAGCUAAGAACUCAGGCAGUGGUCCGGGCCUGGGUGGCGGCCCAGGCGGUUACAGCCACACCACCACGGCCACCAAGGUGGAGACGCUCAAGGAGGAGGAGGAGGAGCUGAAGAGGAAGGUGGAGCAGUGCAAGGACGAGUACUUGGCUGACCUAUACCACUUUGCCACCAAGGAGGACACCUAUGCCAAUUACUUCAUAAACCUCAUGGAGAUUCAGGCUGAUUACCAUCGCAAGUCUCUGAGCUCUCUGGACACAGCCCUAGCUGAGCUGAAGGAGAACCACAGCCAAGCAGACCCCUCCCCUUCGAUGAUGACCGCCCCCUUCUCCAGGGUGUAUGGGGUGUCACUGGGAGCUCACCUGCAGGAGCUGGGCCGGGACAUUGCCCUGCCCAUCGAGGCCUGCGUCCUGAUGCUGCUUUCCGAGGGCGUGAAGGAAGAGGGCCUCUUUCGUCUCGCCGCUGGGGCCUCAGUGCUGAAGCGCCUCAAGCAGACGAUGGCCUUGGACCCCCGCAGCCUGCAGGAGUUCUGCUCCGACCCCCACGCCGUGGCAGGUGCCCUCAAGUCCUAUCUGCGGGAGCUGCCAGAGCCCCUGAUGACCUUUGACCUCUAUGAUGAUUGGAUGAAGGCAGCCAGCCUGAAGGAGCCCGGAGCCCGGCUGGAGGCCCUCCAAGAGGUGUGCAGCCGCCUGCCCCAGGAGAACUUCAGUAACCUCAGGUACCUGAUGAAGUUCCUGGCACGACUGGCUGAGGAUCAGGAGGUGAACAAGAUGACACCCAGCAACAUCGCCAUAGUCUUGGGGCCCAACCUGCUGUGGCCCCCUGAGAAAGAAGGGGACCAGGCCCAGCUGAAUGCAGCCUCAGUGUCGUCCAUCCAGGUGGUGGGCGUGGUGGAGGCUCUGAUACAAAAUGCAGACACCCUCUUUCCUGGAGACAUCAAUUUCAACGUGUCAGGCCUGUUCCCAGCCCCCACCCCCCAGGACAAGGCAGGCGACAAGCCAGCUUCUGAGGAGCUUCCAGCCAUUGCCGUGCCCACCCCGGCCACUGCCCCAGCUGCUGCCCCAGCCCCAGUCCCAGCCGCAGUGGCUACCAAGGAAAGGACAGAGUCCGAGGUGCCCCCCAGACCGGCCUCCCCCAAGGUCAACAGGAGCCCCCCAGAGGCAGCUGCCCCAGCGGAGGACAUGGCUCGGAGGACCAAACGCCCAGCACCAGCCCGGCCUACCAUGCCACCCCCGCAGGUCUCCAGCACCCGCUCCUCCCCUCCAGCCCCACCUCUGCCCCCUGGCUCUGGCAGUCCUGUGACCCCUCGGGCUCUGCCCCGCCGUCUGGUUGGCAGCAGCCUCCGGGCUCCCACAGUGCCACCCCCAUUGCCCCCCAUUCCUCCCCAGCCUGCUCGGCGCCAGAGCCGGCGUUCACCAGCCUCCCCCAGCCAGACCUCCCCGGGUCCUGCCUCCUCCAGCCCAGUCUCUCUAAGCAUGGCUGCACAGGUAGACCUGGGGGCGGCCACAGAGGAUGGGGGCACCCCUGAGGCUGUAGGCAGCACCCCCACUCCUGCAGCUAUGCCCCCUCAGCCUCGGCCCAGGAGCCUUGCCUCAGAGAACGAUUGAACUAGUGGCUCCUCCCCAACAGCCCUAGUGUCCCCUCCCUCCCACCUUGUCCUCCCAGGACACAGCCCUCACCCCUCCUAAGGGAUGGGGGCCUACCGCCUUUGCCUACAAGUGCCUUGGUGCCUGCUGGGUCAGCCCCCACGGCAAAGAGGACUCAGGACAGUCCUCUACUUCCAGUCCUGUUCUUCUUGGAUCCUCCCUGGGCUUGGGGGCUGAGCCCACUCCCCACUCUCCAGCAAGGUCCCACGGGAGCCACCAGAAGGAAGGAGAGCUUGCCUGCUCCUACAGGACUUUGAUUUUUCUCUUGACAACAUGUUUUUUGUAAGGCAGGUAAAUAAAUUAUUUUGGACAAAACUGGAGCAGCUGCCCAAAAGAUAGCUUUAUUUUCUGUACUCAAAAUAAAGAAGCCACUUUCAUAAAGGGG